GCUGUGUGUUUGAAAAAAAUAUACACAGUAGUGUGUUUGCUUAUGCGACCCGGCCUGGUGUGGUGGAUUUUCCUAUAAUUCCAACACAUCACUCCCUCUGUCUCCCCUGAUUUUCCCUAACCUCCUCCACCCUUUCAUCCUUCAAACAUUUCCAAUGCCCAGAUGAGCAGUGGAGGAUUUGGAGCCGAGAAGCUGUUUGGUUGGUGUUUGAGGUUGUGGAGUUAAGAGCCAGUCAGCUGAGGCUUGUUGGUGUAAUAUGAGUUGGUGAUUUUCAGCUUUGGUCCUUUUCAUUUCUAUGAUCUUAGAAAGGUUCAUCAGUGUUCUAAUCUUUCCAGUUGAUGAUAUUCUGUUAGUUCCUGUUUCAACAUGAACAACUCAUAUGAUGAAGAUUAUGAUGAAGCAACCGUUGCGGGAUUUGAAGUUAUAAAAUCACCUGAUUCAAGUUACAAUAAUAUGUAUCCGGCGAAUGAAGAUGAGUCAUGGGAUCCACCAAUUGUCCCUCCACACCUGCAACAGACCUUACUUAGCUAUCCAGCUAGCAGAGACACUGUUGUAACUCUUCCGUCGCCACCACAUGUGACCCUCAACCAUCUUUACAUUGAGAAUCGGGAGAGCCCCCGGUCUGUGGUCGCACUUGGGUUUACUCAUCGCUUUCGUUCAAAAUUUGUUACUGUCGUGCUUUACAAACCAGUUCAAAGAAGAGGGGCUAACAGCACUUAGAACAUGCAUAUUAGGAUACACCUAUAUUAGAGUUGGUUAUGUCUAGUCCUGAUUAUGAUCCAAUUAGUGGUAUAGACCCAAAUGAAAAACUAGUGGUGAAAGGUAUUCUAUCGCCUUACAGAAACACAUGAACGUAGGCUUAUUCAACUUCAUUCUAGACUUGAAAUGGAUUAGCCUACUGGGUAGAUAUGCUAUAUUAUGAAGUUCUCAUUUAAGUAUUAAUUCAUUCAACUAUUAUACGAAUUGGGUUGGCCGAUCCACUAGAUCGCGAUUAAAGUAGCUUAUUUUGAAAUCC